UAGGUCUUUUGUGCAGUGCUUCUGGCCUUCGGGAGGGACAACGAGGCGCGAGCCAUGGCGAUGGCUGAAGAGAAGGCGGGUAAGGAAGGUUUUGAGCUGCUGGGCUCGCCGACCUUCAAUGAGCUGGAGAAUGGUCGCUUCAGAUGCGUUGAAACUGGACAUGAACUGUUCGCCAAGGACAUGGACUCCUACUCUCACAGCAAAAAGUGCCGAUUAGGUCUCAUUGACUUUGCGUUGUCCCAUAAUAAGCCCCCUUGCAAUAUGUUCAAGCAAGACCCACUCUCCCGUUCAAAGUUGAUAUGUAAAUUGACUGGAGACACCGUCAACAAGUCAGAGGAACAUAUCUGGAAGCAUAUGAAUGGGAAAAGAUUUCUCAAUAAACUAGAGCAAAAGGAAGCGGAGAAGUUGUCAUGUGAUGGAAUGGAAGAAGAAGAGAGCAAACCAAGGCCACUAAGUGCAGAUGGUGGGAAGACGGAUAAGAAAAAGAAGAAGAAGAAGGAGGACAAGGACAUUGAAGAUAUCAAACCUGAAGUACGGAAGUCUUCUAAUGAGGACAGUGACUCUGAAGAGGCAGAAUUCUGGAUGCCUCCUGUUGGAGAUCGCUGGGACUUUGAUGAUGGAAGAGAUCGGUGGGGUUCAGGAACAGAGUCGGAGCAGGAAAGUGAAGAGGCCAAUGAAAUCGAUGGGAAUUCCAAGGAUUCGGAAGAGCUAUCUUCUCGGACAAAAAGAAUGUCUAUAGAAAUAGGACCCAGUAGCUUUGCCUCAAGGAAGAAGAAAAGUAAGAAGGACCUCCAAAGCUAGUAUCGGCUGGUAAUAUCAGUUUUGUGGCUGUGCUGUAUAGCAUGGAAGAUGUAGGACUGGGCUGACAGUCCAUAAACUAAAUUAUGUCAAUGGAGGUUAUAAGCUUGAACGAAUAGAAAGUAACGGUUUUCAAGUGAAGCAUAUUCAAGAUUGAAGGCUAUACAUUAUGUUCUAGACCCCGGAUCGUUGAAGCAAAACGAGGGGAGAAUCUUAAGGAGUGCAGACUAGAGCAAGCCAAUAAUAGUAUAGUCAUUUAAAUUUUAUUUGACACCGCAUAAUUUUGCGUGGGUUGGUGGGGAAAAAAUGCUUUUUGUCAUGGCAAGAUGUAAUUUUGUAGAAGGUUUGAAAACCGUUUUAUAAGCUCUCAC